UGUUGCUACAAGAACUUAUAGUAGUGAACUAGUGACAUGAAAAAUCAAACAAGACCAAGUCUUUCAAGUUACCAAAGAGGAAGGUCUAACACAAGUCUUGGAUAUAGGUGAUUUGUAGCAGUUCUUUUUCUCCCUUUUGAAGACCAAAGAACUAAAAUAAGAGGACUUCGAACGAAUUGUCCAACUGAGCAAUGCACACUGAAAAAUGUAACAGAAGAAUAGUGGGAACCCGCUGGCAUUUUUUAAUUUAAUUAGCAAGAAAACAGAUUUAGUAAAAUAGUAGUAGAAGAAUAACGUCCCAUCGCCAUCAGCAUAAUUUAUUCCUGGCCAACUGGACGAUCCGAAAGGCAAAGGCCCCACAUUUCGCGAAGGGGCCGCUCCUCCCUACAAAGCCUCCCCCUCCCCCCUCCCCCUCCAAAAGCCAGCUCCAUUUCACCACCACCAGUCCACCACCAGCAACACCAGCUCGCUCUCGCCCCGCGCCUCACCCAGGGUCGCCAUUGAUUGAUUUCACCCGCGCACGAGCGAGCAACAACCGCACAGCUAGCCGAGCUCGACCGGCAGGUGGGCGUCGAUGGCGAAAUGCAGCAGCAAGAUCCGCUACAUCGUGUGGCUCCGGCAGACGCUUCGGCGGUGGCGGUCACGCGCCGCGGCGCGCGCGGCGGUGGCGGCGGCCGGCGAGGCGGUGGUCCCGGCGGGGCACGUGGCGGUGUGCGUCGGCGGCGCGUCGCGGCGGUUCGUGGUGCGGGCGGCGCACCUGAACCACCCGGUGUUCCGGGAGCUGCUCCGGCAGGCGGAGGAGGAGUACGGCUUCCCGUCCGGAGCCUGCGCGGGCCCCAUCGCGCUCCCCUGCGACGAGGGCCUCUUCGAGCACGUCCUCCGCCACCUCUCCUCCCCGUCCAAGUCCUCCCGGUUCGUCACCCUCGAGGACCUCAAGAGCGGCGCGCUCUCCUGCUGCUGCGUCGCCGCCGCCGGCGACUCGCUCCCGCUCCUCCAUGGCAUCUCCGCCGACAAGGCCGUGUGGUGAACGCGCCAGCGGAUGCAAGCCGCCCGCGCCAUUGCGCGUGUGCGCGCGACCAUUUCGUCUUCCUUUUUUCUUCUUCUUUUUUUCUUCUUUUGCUCUCGCUCCCUCCAUUUCCAUCCGAGAGGAGCUGAGACGCGACGGGAAUCAGCAAGCAAGCAAGCAAGAUUGAGCGCGGCCGGCCGGAGGCGGUGAAGUGAGAUGGCUGAGAAAGUCCUAGGAUUUUUAGAACGACUGUCAAGUCUAGUCAUCCAUUCAUUCCCUUGUCCAAUCCGGGAAAUUUUAGUGGCGAAGAUUUAUUCUUUCUUCUUCUUCUUCUUCUUUUCCUUUUCGUCUCACUUAAUAAUCCUCCACUGUAAAUACAUGUACUACUGCGGUUCGGCCAGCAUUGCAAGUGAAAAAAGCAUUCAUUUUCUUCUCAAUCUCAUUGCAGCCUGCUUGCAAGUGAAA